CUUUAACACGCUGCGGUCGUAUUUUUAUUGCCAGUGUUAUUUUAGCUGUACGUGUCAUUAACAAAGGUUAUACUAGAGUGAUGUCCCUUCGCUUAACUGGCUGGAGGGGACCAGCUCUGACGUUUUUGUAUCUUCUGUGGAUCUAAGAUGAGUUUUGGUUUCUCUCGUUCAUCUGUAAUGUUUGUUGCACCGCUCGCCUCUGUUGUGGAUUGUUAUUCUAUGCUUGUGCUGCGUCAUUACUUACAAUAGACAUCUUCGUCCACUAACGGCUUCUGUCUCAUGUUCUUUCAUCUUGCUUUGGAUUUUUGACUGUAGUGGAUUUUGUGCCUUUUUUAACUGACACUUUUAGUUGUUCUAGCAGUGUGGACCAGUGUGGACCAUGCCGUUUUCCAUUUUUGAUUUACGAACCACGACCACCAGCCAGACCAAGGCGACGACCUCUACGCCCUUGGCAAGUGCGCAUGCUCGAGGGCCAGUUCAGGCAACAUCAGUAUCUCGAUCCUGUCACUCUAACGAUGCUGGGCCGAGAGACUCGCCUGAGAAAAUUAAAGAUUCAGAGGUGGUUUCAAAACCGAAGAGCGCAGGAGCGGCGCCGGCAGCAGUGACUGCUGAGAGCGAUGAGGUACCACACCCUCAAAUGCCGUAUCACUGGGGCAUCUGCAGCAACAGCAAGUCUUGUUUUGGUAGUUGCCAUGGCAGUUGGACAGUUGUUGUGGUAGCAGUAUAGAGUGAAACUUGUGAGGUGUGAUAAAGAGUUGUGGAGAGAAUUCUGUCUGCAAGUUGAAUAUUGUCUGCUGAUCCACAACAAACAAAAAUGUACAUUGUUUGCUCAUUAUAUUGUCGAUAAGGCUGUAUCUCAUGUUCAAUGAUUUAAAAAAAAUCAUUCCAGCUAGGGUGUCGGUAAGACCGUUUUAUAUGAUGUGUUAAUGAAACAAAUUUUAAGAUUGCCUGGUGGCGAUAUUUGUACCUGAGAGACGAUUUAUGACAGGUUUGUUGGUAAAGGGAGUGGGUGGGCUUAAUACUCAGAACUGUAGAUUGCUUGCUAACAUUUUAUAAGGACAUGUCAUUGACCUGCCAGGAUAUCUUAUGGACACCUUAGGGUCACGUGUAGCUAAUUUUGUGUAGAUGCCGGAAAUGACCUUCCUCUACACCCACGCUGUGGGUGGCACAUUCCACUUCGGUAGCUAAAGAAUAGCUUUUGUGCGAUUAAUACUGAGCAUCGAUUGUAUCAGCAAUGCCACGUGUAUGAGGUAAACAUUGUAGUGUUUGCUGGGAAACAUUAGAUGCCGGAGAGCAAUGCAAUCAAACUGAUCAGCUCGGUGUUUCAGUACAUUCAUCUGAUCGUGAAGUCUACUUGAGGUGGAACCUUACUGUGUUGGAAGACAGAUCAUCGUGCAACCUUGCUGUUUGGAUCGUUUGUGAGGUAGAAAUGAGUAGCAUGUGCCUCCCACAAAGUUGCUGGCAUUGUGGAGUCGGAUGCAUGAAGCACUGUUCUUUUUUAUCGCUCUUGAAAUUAAGAGGUAUACAUAGCAUUUUAGACAGAUUACUUUGGAGUACGAAAACUCGGAAGAUGGUUUCAAACCCCAGGACUGAUCUCUAAUUUCCAAAAAAUGAUCAUUCUGAUUUUAUUUAAAAAUAAAUUUGGCAGUUUCGCUAUCAAUGACAUUGUUUUAAAGUCUUUUUUAAAAAAAAAGCUAGGGACGGUAUGAAACGUAGGGCUGCUAGAGAAGCAGUAUCAGUCGGCCUUUUGCUGUUUCGCUACAUAAAAACUGUGAUUGGCUUUGUCACAUUCCCUCCCCGCUAAAACAGAAGUUUAGAUUGAAUUCACUCAACACAUAUUCGUGCGUUAAUACGCUGUUCAGAUGAAAGCCAUUUUUUGUAUGUACAUAAGAAAUUACACCGGCCAUUUGGAGUUAACGAUGUACAUACUGUAUUCUUGUAUCUGUACAGUUAACUAUAAAUAUUUUUGUAAUAAAGAGGAUUUUUAAUAGAAA